UAACGAUAAAAUGGCUACGUCUUGAUUGUAGUAUCCGGGUGCUAGAAGCGGUGACCGUGAGAUCUGUCCGUUUCGCGGCGGAAUUAAUCACUCGUUUUACGCAGCACAGGUGACAGGAUACCUAAGUGGGAAAAUGUCGGCUGCUAGCAAAUGGAAUUUGUCCAGGGAGGACAUACAAACCGCUGCGAAGGACGAAAAAGAGUUGCUGCUGGAGCACGAUAGCGAUCCUGAUGAAAACAUGCUGUUCAACCAACCUAGUACAUCCACGACGGAGACGAACACGUCCAAAACGGAUGGAAAAAUGGACAGCGUUCGAUUGCAAAUCCACGAGGUAACGGAAGUGAUGCGCGAUAACGUUCAGAAGGUGAUGGAGCGGGGCGAGAGGCUGGAGGAUCUUCAGGAAGCCAGCGAUCGCUUGUCCAUGGUCGGGGGUGAGUUCAGGGCGGCUGCGAAGAGGGCCCAGCAACGAGCGUGGCUUCAGAACUUCAAGACGAGAAUCAUUCUCGUCGCCAUCACGGUGACGGUCGUCGUCUGCAUCAUCGUUCUGGACAUCAUGGUGCUUUACCUGGUACUCAGAUAGCGAACACGGUCUAGCGAGCUUCGAUCGUUCGAUAUCAGUAUCCAUCGUCGUGAAAUACUCGUGACCGAGAGCUCCUUCCAGACUGAAAUCCAAUUCUUUACGAACCUACGUUGUAUAUUUGUACCUGUCUUUCAUGGAGUAUAUACGUGUAUUAUAAUCGUACGUUUAUAUAAAUACAUAUCUUAUUAUUUUUAAUCGC